AUGAAGGCUGCCUACACCGCCUAUCGAUGCCUCACCAAAGACCUAGAAGGCUGCGCCAUGAACCCGGAGCUGACAAUGGAAAGUCUGGGCACUUUGCACGGGCCGGCCGGCGGCGGCAGCGGCGGGGGCGGUGGCGGGGGCGGCGGGGGCGGCGGCGGGGGCCCGAGCCAUGAGCAGGAGCUGCUGGCCAGCCCCAGCCCCCACCACGCGGGCCGCGGCGCUGCUGGCUCGCUGCGGGGCCCGCCGCCGCCGCCAACGGCGCACCAGGAGCUGGGCACGGCGGCAGCGGCAGCGGCGGCGGCAUCGCGCUCGGCCAUGGUCACUAGCAUGGCCUCGAUCCUGGACGGCGGCGACUACCGGCCCGAGCUCUCCAUCCCGCUCCAUCACGCCAUGAGCAUGUCUUGCGACUCGUCCCCGCCCGGCAUGGGCAUGAGCAACACCUACACCACGCUGACGCCGCUCCAGCCGCUGCCGCCCAUCUCCACCGUGUCGGACAAGUUCCACCACCCGCACCCGCACCACCACCCGCACCACCACCACCACCACCACCACCAGCGCCUGUCGGGCAACGUCAGCGGCAGCUUCACCCUCAUGCGCGACGAGCGCGGGCUCCCGGCCAUGAACAACCUCUACAGCCCCUACAAGGAGAUGCCCGGCAUGAGCCAGAGCCUGUCCCCGCUGGCCGCCACGCCGCUGGGCAACGGGCUGGGCGGCCUCCACAACGCGCAGCAGAGCCUGCCCAACUACGGGCCGCCGGGCCACGACAAAAUGCUCAGCCCCAACUUCGACGCGCACCACACUGCCAUGCUGACCCGCGGUGAGCAGCACCUGUCCCGCGGCCUGGGCACCCCGCCUGCGGCCAUGAUGUCGCACCUCAACGGCCUGCACCACCCCGGCCAUGCUCAGUCCCACGGGCCGGUGCUGGCGCCCAGCCGCGAGCGGCCACCCUCGUCCUCGUCUGGCUCGCAGGUUGCCACAUCGGGUCAGCUGGAGGAGAUCAACACCAAAGAGGUGGCCCAGCGCAUCACCGCCGAGCUGAAGCGCUACAGCAUCCCACAAGCGAUCUUCGCGCAGAGGGUGCUGUGCCGGUCUCAGGGGACUCUCUCCGACCUGCUCCGGAACCCAAAACCGUGGAGUAAACUCAAAUCUGGCAGGGAGACCUUUCGCAGGAUGUGGAAGUGGCUGCAGGAGCCCGAGUUCCAGCGUAUGUCUGCCUUACGCCUGGCAGCGUGCAAACGCAAAGAGCAAGAACCAAACAAAGACAGGAACAAUUCCCAGAAGAAAUCGCGCCUGGUGUUCACCGACCUCCAACGCCGAACGCUCUUCGCCAUCUUCAAGGAGAACAAACGCCCGUCCAAAGAGAUGCAGAUCACCAUUUCCCAGCAGCUGGGCCUGGAGCUGACGACCGUCAGUAACUUCUUCAUGAACGCCCGGCGCCGCAGCCUGGAGAAGUGGCAGGAUGAUCUGAGCACAGGGGCCUCCUCGUCCACCUCCAGCACUUGUACCAAAGCGUGAUGGAAGGACUCUCGGGCGGGCACAGGUCGCCUCCGGAUGAGGACAACCGACACCAAAAGAGAACGCAAAGGAAAAAGACACCGGAUUCUUAGCUGGGGCCCUUCACUGGUGAUUUGAAAGCACAAUUCUCUCGAAAAGAAACUAUUCUAGCUGUAAUCAUAGGCCAGGUGUUCUUUUUUUGUUUUCUUUUGUAAUGGCGAUGGAGUCCAAGUGCAAGCUGAAAAUUCAUCUCUUUGAACCGGACAUUGUCCUCCGAGCAUGCUAAGCGUCCCAGAAACCCAAAUGGGGCCUUCCUGGAGCGAGUUAGUUUCAGUGUGGUGUCAGCCAAGCUCAGGAUCACUUCCAGUGUCAACGAUCUCGCUUUGGGGCCCGUUUCAGUCAGGGUUCCCCCGUGUCACAGUGGGAAUUCGGCCUGUGGAAGGAUUCUGAGAUUGGGCUCCCAAGACGCUACUAUGAGAGAUUCUUCUGGCAACAAGAAUGACCUCAUUUGCUUUCUGAGUGCUUGGCCUCAUCACACCACAGUACACCAAAGUUCACAGCCAUAACAUAGAAAAAAAAAAAAAAAAGGCAAAAAACCCCCAAAACAUCAGAAUGAUAAUUACUGAGCACAACUUUUAAAUAUGGAAAUUAAAAAAAAAAAA